GUUUCUGGCUCAAACAUUGCAAACGUGUAGUUCUGUUUUUUUUUUUUAAUAUAGCAUUUCACCUUUCCACAGGCGGCGGGAACAUGGUGAAAACAAAAUUUGUGACCCAGUCGGACAUGAAGAUUGGGUUGAUCGGAGAUGAGGACACGGUCACUGGCAUGCUUUUGGCAGGUAUUGGCCAUGUUGAUGGGCAAGGCAAGAAAAAUUUCCUGGUGGUCGAUUCCAAAGUCCACAUCAAGGACAUAGAAGAACACUUCCAUGAACUUACUGCGCGGAAAGAUAUCUCCAUGAUUCUGAUCACGCAAGAUUGCGCAGAGCUGAUUCGGAGAGCCGUAGAUGAGUUCAGCCACAGCGCACAGAUGAUCCCAACAGUGUUGGAGAUUCCCUCCAAGGACACUCCUUACGAUCCUCGAAAAGAUGGAGUCAUGCAGCGGGUUGCCUUCUUUAUGCCUUCCGCCAUGGCAUCCUUGGGCGUAGAGAUCUGAGUUUUGCAACGGCCACAGCGGCCAUCGGUCCUUCCUUUCGAGGAAUGGCUGAAAGUGUUUCAGCGUUCGGAACGGCGCCCGUUCCUUCAGUCCGUCCAUGGGCCGGGCUUGACCAAAAAAGCGUGUGGCGCUAUUCUGCAGGAAGUUUUCUGUUUUUUUUUUUCAGUGUUUGAAGUGCUAUGGAGCCAUUUGUAUAUAUA